AUGCAAGAAACAGAAGGUUCGAGAAAAGUAACGGGAUCUUGCGAAAUAAAUGUUAACAACGAAAAUGAGAUCGAGCAAUGUUCUGAGAGGCAGAUGGUGAGCGCCAGCAACAAUGAGUCCAACAAAUGUUUAGCGAUCCCGAUGGCCAGCAACAAUGAUCCCGAGAUGCAAAUGGCUGGCAACAAGGAGCCACAACAAUGUUUUGGAAACCAAAUGAUGCGGAACAAUGUAACUAUCCAAGACAGCGAUAUUCAAAGAAUGGAAAAUGAGUUGAAAAUAUUGAAGCUGCAAAAUGAGAUCGACCAGUUAAAGAAUAAACAACAACGAAGUAACGACACAAACUCAAGCAUUUCUUUCGAAAUUUUAAAGGAGAUCGUUAAGGUAUACGAUGGCGGAAACAAUUUCAAUGUUUGGAUAUCUCAACUUUUGAAUGUCCAGAAAAAUUUCAAGGUCGGCGACGAGAUGAUGCGUGCGCUGAUUCACUACAAAGUUAAGGGCGAUGCUGAAAUAUGGCUGUAUUCAAGCACGAGCGCUACUAUGGACACAGCGGAUAAAAUGUUAAGCCACCUGGAGAAAAUGUUCGUAAUGUCCAAAGAAUCAAAGUUGAGUAUGCGGCAGAAGCUACAGAACUGCGUCUGGAUCAAAGGUGAGGAGUUCUCCAAGUACUACAACGAGAAGUGGCAGCUGGCGGAUAACUUAGCACUGGCAGAAGAUGAAUUUUUGGAAUAUGUCAUUGACGGCAUACACGAUGUCAAUCUACGCAAUCUGGCUAAGUCGCGUUCGUUCAAGACCGGAUUGGAGCUUCUGGAGGCAUUCCGAAACGUUGAGUUGGGCUACGUUCCUAAGCCCAAGUUACCGGAAGACCGUAGAGCAGGAGAUUUUCAGAAGCCACGAGGUAAUGCAGAGUGCUACAAUUGCCACAGUCGGGGCCACCUGGCCAAAGAGUGCCGCAAGCCUAAGAGACAAGAUGGGGCUUGUUACGCAUGUGGCUUGCAAGGACAUGUUGCUAAGGAGUGCAACCAAUACAAGAAGUCGAAGGGCGGGGACAACGAUUAUAAUGUCUCAUAGAUUCUGGCAGCCCGAUAAGUAUUAUUAAAAAACGUUUUAUACCAAGUCAAAUUAAAAUGGAAAAGACUACUUAUUUAAGUUACGUUGG